UUCUGCUCCGCUUUUCGUCGUGCUCCCGCGCUCUAUCCACACGGCCCGAUGGCAACGGCGCCAUCACUGGCGGCCCCUUCCGCCCAAGCUAGUCACACGCUUCGAGACGCAUUCGAACGGUUCGCUUUAUCCGUGUCACAAGAUGACCAGCGGCUCUUUCAUAACACAGAGCUUAAAGAUGUACGGGAUGAGGCUUUGCAGAUCGAGAAGAAGCUCCGCAAGAACCGUAUACAGAAGAACAUAGCCCGGCUUAAUCCAUUGCUGCUGGGCAUGGAGCAUUACUCCAAGGUAGUGGAAGUUUUGUGCAACGGAACACCUUAUCUUUCAUGGAUUUGGGCACCAAUGAAACUGAUGCUUAUGAUCACGGUUGAUUCGCUCAGUGCUUUCGAGAAGCUGAUCGAUGCCUAUGGAAAGAUUGGUGAUAUGCUCCCUCGCCUGGAUCGUCUCAGUGACGCGCUUAUUGGCGAUCAGAACUUCCAGAAAGUGCUAGCUUUGGUAUUCUCCGACAUCGUAGAGUUCCAUCGACGAGCUUACAAGUUCGUGCGACGAAAAUCAUGGACCAUAUUCUUCGGCUCUAUGUGGGCGGGGUUUGAAACUCGUUUCAACGGGAUCCUGAAGGACCUGGCGUACCAUAGCGAGCUGGUCGAUAAGGAGGCCUCAGCAGCGGACAUAGCUGAAGCCUUCAGGCGUAGCAAAGUAGACGACGAGAAGUGGAAGCAGCAAGAGGAUGAAUGGAACCAUGCUAAGGUACAGAAAGUCCUGGGCUGGCUUGAGACGAAUGAUACUCUGCCAGCCGAUAUACUCGAACAGAAACUCCAAGAUUACUUGCGAAACAGCUGCGAUUGGUUUUUACAACACAAAGCAACGCAGAUAUGGCUCGAGGACAACGCGAAGAAUCCCUUUCUGUGGCUAUACGGAAAGCCGGGGGCGGGUAUGUUCAUCUAUCGUCGUGACUUGUCAUCCGCUUAUCUACUCGAAGGUAAAUCCAUGAUAUGCUCUGCUCUUGUGAAACAUGCAAAACAAAAUUCCGUUAAUAUGUUCUACUACUUCUGCAGUUCUAUCCUAAGCAAUGCCGAUGGUCAGACUCGCCGUCCGAAUCGUUUACUGCGUUCAAUCAUCUCGCAGGUGAUUGAAGGACACCAGGACCUCGCAAUAUAUAUUCACGACGUCUACUUCAUAGCUCAUCCGGUGCCAACGAAGAAAGCAUUACUGAGUCUUCUUCCCGAACUCCUUCGCGGAACGGGCUCUGUGCGGCUCAUCAUAGAUGGUAUCGACGAGUGGGUCUCACAGGAUCAAAGGGACGUUUUGAACGAUCUUUCGCAGAUAGUCUCGACUGACAAGACUUCCCAUCUAUGCAAGAUCUUGAUUGCUAGCAGAGAGACUUUCGAGAUCUCGAGGUCUAUGCUCAAAAAGAACAAAUCGACAACGACAAUUUCUCUCAGCAAUGACGACGAAGGUCUCGCAAUCUCCCGCUCAAUCGCUCAUUUCGUCGAUAUCAAGCUAUCUGAUCUUCCUGACCACUUUGACCAACUCGACCCUGAUGGGUCGAUCAUGGCCCAUGUCAAAAAGACUCUUAUCGAGAAGUCUCACGGUAUGUUCCUGUGGGUCAGUCUUGUAUUGGAUCUGCUCGACAGGGUGUAUAGUCCUGAGGAGCUACGCACUAUCGUCGACGAUCUUCCCUCUGAUCUUGAGAAGCUUUACGAAAAGCUUUUCACUCGUCUUUGUAGCGCUCCAGGUGCCCGUAGUCAUGGAGGGGUAUCUCGUAUCAUGGGCUUGAUAUGUUCCGCACGAAGGCCUUUGCACAAGUUGGAGCUACUCCAAGCGUUGUCCAUCUCGCCACACGACAUUGGCUCUCAACUGCGGAGUAUACCUGUCGCUGCUAUACUCGACCAUUGUAAGCCACUCGUCGAAGAAUUACCGGAUUCUACAAUAGUUCCAGUACACUUCUCGGUGAAAGAGUAUUUCUUCAAGUCUCAUAAACCGCAAAUUAUGCCAGCGAUCGAUCCAGCGCUCGACAUAUUGUCCGCUUGCGCUGUGGUAAUCACACGAAGUCUCGAUCUUGUGUGUCUGGACAGCGGUUCCGUUGAUUACCUCGUCAGAAUCGUGAGUGGCCAUCAUAGACUCUUACCGUACGCUCUAGAGUUCUGGAUUGAGCACUGCUUAGAUUACGCAUCGAGCAGAGGGAAUUUAAGCCCUGAUGGACACUUCCAGUAUCAUCUUUCGCGAAUUCACGAGAAGCAUGAAGAAUGCCUAGAUGCACUUGGGCGUGCUACGGUCCAGGUCGGGACGCAAACAGCAGCUGAGGCUAGUGACGCAGACGAAAGGCUUGAGCAGUUGUCCAGCAUGCCGGUUCACAAGCUGAUGGCAGAUGUGCAACAUCUCCGACUAUUAGCCAGCCAAAGCGAUAGCAACGACCGUUCAGAUAUCGAAACUUACGUCAACAACAACGAUCGAACACUCUUCAGCAGGCUUUCGCGCGAUUACGAGAGUGCAAUCGUACAUCUUCUAUCUCAACGCGAAGUGGAAGGCAUUCCGUCAGCAAUACGUCGAGAAUUCCGAGAGUCAUAUGCUUCAACAGCUUUUCGUUGCCGUUACCCACACUGUGACAGGCUAUCUCUGGGCUUCGCCACUCCAGAAUUUCGACAAGAACAUGAAAACUCGCACAUGCGACGCGUGUACUGUCAGACAUUAUCCUGUCAGUAUAGCCGCAUCGGAUUUGACAACAAAGUCGCACUCAAAACGCACACACGCAAGAAUCACACCGAGUCAAGGAUUGUACUCAUUCCCGCAAAAUUGCAGCGCACGAGAGAUGAAUCUCCGCCACCCAACUUCCUCCCCCCCAUUCAACUUGCACCACCAAUGCCGAAAACCCUCUUUAACUCAGAGCCUUGGACACCUUCUUUCUGGACUCAGAAAGAGAAAGAUAGUUUUGAGGAGAACAUCGAACGCUUCGGUACAGAUUGGACGGCCUUCGCAAACGACAUGGGCACUAAGACGCCUGAAAUGGUUAAGCGCUUUUAUGAUCAGCUCGUACAGGGAGGCAACAGAAAAGUAGAGCAGGUGAAGUCCCCGGUGCUCGAAAACCAUGUGAAACAUACGCUGACUUUAUUCAUUGACAUCCUAGUCCGCAAAAGCUGCAGACUCUCAAGCGAAGACGCGAGAACUAUUCGCAAUCCUCGCGAAACGCUAGCUAUCGGCCAAGAAGUGACUCUUUAA